UAAAUUAGGUAUAUAUAUAGGAAAUAAUAUGUGCAUGGUUUCUCCACACAUUAACACCUCUAUUUAUAGAUCAACCAUUAUUACAAGGAUUACACCCAUCUUAGAUUCUUAUUACUUACAUUACUUAGAAUAAGUUAUCAAAAUGGCUGCUCGUAUUCUUUUCUUCUUAGGAUUUCUUGCUCUUUCUUUCGCAUUUUCUCUUGCUUCCGAUCCUAAGCCUCUCCAAGAUUUCUGCGUGGCCGACGCUAGCGCCGCAGUGGUGGUAAACGGUGUAGCUUGCAAGGAUGCAAAGGUGGUUCAAGCCAAUGACUUCUUCUUCAGCGGACUUCACUUAUCAGGCAACACAUCAAAUCCAAUCGGGUCGAAAGUAACUCCAGUAAACGUUGUCCAAAUUCCAGGUCUCAACACUCUCGGCAUCUCUCUAGCUCGUAUCGACUACGCUCCAUGGGGUAUCAACCCCCCGCACACCCACCCUCGUGCCUCCGAAAUACUAACAGUCGUCGAAGGCAGCCUGGAAGUAGGAUUCGUCACGUCUAACCCCGAAAACAAGCUCAUCACAAAGGUUUUAAACAAGGGAGAUGUGUAUGUGUUUCCAGUAAAUCUGAUUCAUUACCAAAGAAAUGUAGGGCAGAGUAAAGCUGUGGCUAUUGCGGCUCUAAGCAGUCAAAAUCCGGGUGUUAUUACUGUGGCUAAUGCUGUGUUUGGAUCUAAUCCUGCAAUUCCUAGUGACAUUCUUGCAAAGGCUUUUCAGUUGGAUGCUAAAGUUGUUGGUUAUCUCCAACAAAAGUUCUAGCUUUCUUUGGCUACAAUGUGAUUGCGUUUGUUUGC